UCUGUUGUAUACAAUCCAGUUUACCGUAGAGUGUGAUGCAGUUAGAGUAGAUUGAAUUAUUAGUCUUUGCGAUUGGAAAUAUUAUUUAGAAAUUGUUUCUAUUUUAAUAUUAUAUUUAAAUAUUCUCUUAGAAUUAGAAAAUAAUAAGAUUAAACUGCAUUUUUGCGGUUAAGAAUGUCCAAUAAGGAAAAUCGUCAGCCAGAAAAUGGUCAUGUAACCUAUACAUCAGAUAGAUAUAGCAGUUGCAGCUAUGGAUCUGACGAAGAUACAGAAGAUGCUAGUGAAACAGCUUUUCAUAAUGAUGAAGAUGAUGAUGAUGAUGACGACGAAGAAGAAGAAUACAUUGAUAUCAAAGAACGAAUGUAUCAUGUCAAGUUAUCAGAGUAUAAAAGUCAACUGAAGCAGCUGGAAGAUCAUAACCAUCCAGCAUAUGUAAAUGGUUUAAAAGCAUUAAGAGAAAAGUAUAUGGAUCGUCAGUUUAAAAAUGUUGUUUUCCUUGCAUUUGAAAUGGAAAGAAUUAAACGAGAGCAUGAAUUAGAAAAACAAGCUGCAUUAGACGAAUUUAAUGAAAAACAAAAGGAGUUAAAGGAAAAUCUAAUUGCUGAUCUCGAAGAGAAGAAAAAGAUAUAUGAAGCAGAAAGAGACAACAUGGAUAUCACUAGUGAUAUUACGGAUAAUCAUCUUCCAAUCAGGAAACUACGACGGAGAGGAAAUGAUCCUUCACCUGCACCUGAGACAAAAAGGAGAAAAAUUUCCUCAAAUUCGCAACAGAUAAAAUUUCAGUUAACUGAAGAUGAAAUAAAUGAGGAUCUUAAACAAAUAAAAGAGGGUUUAGCAAAGACACCAAGUCAAGCGCCUGACAAUGGUGAAGAAUUAUCUAACGAAAAUGGCAAUUUGUUAGAUAUUAGAGUGGAAAAUGGAAAGUUAUAUUAUGAGAAGUACUGGUAUCAUCGAGGUCAGCAAAUAUAUUAUGAUGGCAAACAUAUUGGGAGUAAAAUCAGUGCUGUGAUUUCUGCUAUUAAUCCAACAGAAAUUUGGGUUAAACGAUCAUCUGAUAAUGGGAAAUAUCAAAUAUAUAUUUCUGAAUUAUUGAAAGGUGUUGUAACAUUGAAAAGAAGAUCUGCUUAAGUGGGAGCAUCUAUGUAAAAGAAGGUCAGAACAUGUAAUAUAGGAAAAAUCUGUGAUGUUCUCAUCUUUAUUUAUACAUUUCACAUAUCAUUGUAUAUUUAGCAUUAAAGAUUUUAGAAUUGUAUAAUUUUUUUUUGUUUUGUUUUCAUUCUUUUAUACUUCUUUUGAAAAAUUUCUAUUGAUUAUUGUUUCCUGUCAU